AUGUUCACACAGUCCCCCAAAUACUACAGGUCCAUCCAGUCUAUCUUUGUUGGUGAAGAAACUAAAGCACUGACUCUGGUCCUUCAUCGUGACUCUGGCUCUCUUGGAUUUAAUAUUAUUGGUGGCCGACCAUGCGUGGACAAUCAAGAUGGUUCAUCUAGCGAAGGAAUUUAUGUAUCAAAAAUAGUUGACACGGGGCCUGCUGCUAAGGAAGGAGGGCUACAAAUUCAUGACAGGAUUAUUGAGGAAGACCACAAAGCACUGACAUUACAACGUUGGAUAUUUUACCACCAGAACUCUCAUAACCACAUUUUGGCCUCUCCCUUCAUUUUGUCUCAGGACAAUCUUACAUCAUGUACUACGCUGUAUACGAGACAAGGAAAGAACAACAGAAAAAACAAACGGCAAUAUAACAUAUUUCUCUGCAUGCUGCAAUCCUGCGGAAGAGGCACGUGAGAUGAUCUAGCAGGUGGGCUCAACUUUCUGUCCUUUGCUCCGUUCCAGUGCGGUCCAUAACGUUACUGGGAAUCUCAUACAAUUAUUGGGAAUCUUACCCUGAUUUUGUAAUAAGGAGUAAGUUGCAAAGCAUUGUAUCAUUUGAUUCCAACAUCUUUACGGAAAUUUUAUGUUUGAAGUGUUGGCAGCAAUCUUGAGAGUACUCACAUUAAUAACAAUCCCUAUAACAACAUUUACUGCUACAUAGAAUUUAAUAGCGAAAUUAAACAUAGUAGUGGUUUCAUUAUUUAGUAGUGGCCUUACGUAACAAUUUUAUUUUUAUUAGCAGGGGUGUUAUAUUGUAAAGAUUGCCUAUAUUAUGAACUACAAAACUACAGUAUAAACCUUAGCGAAGAGGCCAGUCAACCAUGUGUAACUAACUGCUGCAUUCCAGAGUCAACAUACUAACUUAGUCUCAUGUCUAACAUCAUUUAGUAUAUAGCUAAUGAGAGUAAGUCAUGAGAGACAUAGAGAGUAUGUAUUUAUGUAGAAAAUGUGAACCUUACUCCUUUACAAGUAGUCAUGGAAUAUAUGUGCAUGUAAGUAAUGGUAAAUGAGUAAAGCACUGCCAUAAGAUUAAUUCAUAGAGAUUAAUUCAUACUGAUGAAAUACUGUAGCAGUUCAGCACUGUGUUAGUAAAAGGCUGAAAAAUGUCAUUUAUGGGAAAGCCUUGAGAAGCUGUCAUCAUCUCAUCAGUUUGCUGGAAAAAGUAUGGUCAUUUAAAAAAAUGAUGGGUUAGGUUUUUAGUUAAUGUAAAUCAUUGCUUUUUUGUGUUCAACAGAAAAAGAACACUAACACCAAAAGAUCUGUCCUAUUCUUUCGCUUUUGUUUGAUCUUUUCCUUUUUGUUAUAACUAAAUUAAAAGAGAUUUCUCAUUUCUCACAUUA